CCAUAAAACCAAGAAGAAGAAGAAGAAGAAGAAGAAGAAGACGAACACGUGGACGGGCGUCGCAACACACUGAAAACUCAUAAAAACAGCUUUGUUUUGUUUUUUGAAAGGACUCUCUUUAUGACUAUUAUCUCUUAAGAUUAGUAUAAAAUUGAUCAGUAAUCUCUCAGUUUGUGGAUGGCCUGAUUAAUGUUCAAUGACUGCUCUCCAUGUCUAGCAUAGAUUAAAAUGUAUAAAUAUCUAAUCGAUAGCUCUAUUUUGUUACUCAAAAUAUUGUGUCCGUGGUGACUGUGAUCGAGAAAUUCCGGCCGGGUUUCUUUCAUUUAACGUUACGUUGAGAAACAACACAAUGAGCAAAAAGACCAAGAAAACCAACGUCAACAUUGGCAUUAGAUGUUUUAUCUGCGGUCAGCAGUACGGACAAAAGGUUAUGGAUAUGCAUAUGCAUUCUUAUUUCCACCAUGAAGCAAUUGAGAAGAUCAAGGGCAGUGAACAGCUGCAUAAAUGUUGGGCAUGUGAUGUAUCUGUGAUGGGACUAGAGCAGUACAAGGAGCAUAUUGCCACCCGUAAGCACAAACAAAGUCUGUUUAAACUCCAUGGUAAACGAAAUAAAAGAAAACCUCUUCAAGUGGACUACAAUAUUAAUCUGACUGAUAAUGAAUUAAAAGCCCUUUAUGAUCUAAGACAGCAAGACAGGAGAGAAAGAAAAAAUCUGGACAAAUGUUCUAUCUGCCUUCAUAGUUUCCCUGAACAGGAGUGGGACAAACAUAUGCACGGUAUUGUCCACCAUCAGGCAGUUGAGCAAAUGAAGGGCAGUGAACACGAGCAUAAGUGUUGGGCCUGUGAAAUAUCUGUGAUGGGAAUUUCAGCAUUUAAGCAGCAUAUUGACACCCAAUAUCACAAACAGAAGCUAUUGGAAUUCAUUAAGAAUAGAAAACUUGGACAAAAUACAGUGGACUACAGUGUUGAAUUUAAUGAGCUUAAAGACCUUUGUGCCCAAAGAGAUCAACAAAAAUUUAUGCAAAAAAAAGAGAAAAUUGAGAAGUGGAAAGAAGCAAAAAGACAGAAGACAUGGAGGUUCAUUCAGCCAGAAAUCACAGCUGAGAAUGAGCAUUGUACAAUACCUUUCAUGGCGAAUGAGGAGUUCACAGCUGACCAGUUGCUACCAUCAUGCCAAUUCUUCUCCCUUUGGGAAAAUCUAAAUGACCAUCCAGCAUCUAUCCAGUAUAACCUAAACCUGCCUAUACAGAGAGAAGAGAGCUUACUUAAUACGAAUAGAUCAAAUUGGCCACUUGUGAAAAGGCCUUGUCUUGAGAGACCAUCAGAAAAUAUUCCUCAAGAAAUGUCUGCUCAGGGCACUCGUCCCAACCCUGAUGGAAAAGAUACAGAUGUUUGUGUGAACGACGUGACUCCAGAAACUGAUGAUGGUACUGCUGCUGAGCCUACAUGUGCCCCUGGACUGGUCCAAAUGAGGAUGGAGGCCAACAUACCCAGCUUGAUAGCAACAGGUGGAGUUUGUUUAACACGGAAGGCAGCAAGUGGGAAUGAAGAUGCUGUUCCUAAUCCUCCACUACAAAAACACACUCAUUCCAAAAAGUCUAUGUUGAAAGUAAACAGAGCAACAUCACAGAGUGAGCAGAGCAUGACCAGAGAAGGCAUGAUUGGACAAGAGCCAUACGUAGAUUCUCUUCCGCCUGUAUCUUUACUGGCUGAGAUGUUUGAAAGCCAGACAUCAGAAAAUGACUUGGAGAUCAUUGAAAACGUUCAGCCUCAUACUGUGCAUGUUAAGAAAAACAAAUCAAAUGAGUGUGACACAGAACAGGGAGAAACAUCACUGGAGCAUCCCAGCAGCUUUGAAGCCAUCUCCUGCAAUGUCCAGAAAACCAAGAAAAAAAAACAAGAUGUUUCACAUAAUCUGAAUCCUAAAACAAACAACAAAAUAUCAAAAAAAAGGAAAGUGAAUAAGUUGAUAUCGCUGUCUUUGAAAGAAGAGGAGUUGAGCAGCUCUUUGGAGAAUGUAGGUGAGCAGCUGUUCCAGGCGUAUUCCACCCUGCAGAGCGCAUACACGGAAGUUCAGCAUCUACUGUCUGUUAAACAAGAGGUUACCUCAGAGAUGGCCUCGCUCAGGGCAAAGCGCAUAAAGAUUCUGCAGGAUAUAAAGAAUCCCGGUGACCUGCAGGAGUUAAAUACCUCCUGACAGCCGUGCGAACCUCUGAGGAAGGAUUCCUCUUUAGCAACUCACUGAGCCUCACAGAGCAGCUGAACCACAGGUCCCACUCCUAGAAGUAUCUGAUGCUGGACCUACCUCUCAGUGCACAAAACUGACCUCUGAGCAUGUAUCUCAUCUGAGAGCAUAGACUGCAUUGCACAGCCCAUAACUGCACCAUUUUAACAGACUUUUGUUGUAGUUUUAUAGUAGGUUUAUGGCAGUUCACAUUGGAUUAUGCAUUUUUUAAAAGAUUUAUUUAUGCCGUUUUAUGCCUUUAUUUAGAUAGGACAGUAUAGG